AUGGGAUGGCAUAUUCAGAAGUAUAUCGCCAAGGCAGGUAGAGCUGUCAACCCACUCACGUGGUAUAAAGCCUGGAAUAAUAAUGAAGGAAAACAGAUAUCAGAUGUAGCAAGGAAAAUCGCAUACAGCCUAAAUAAUGAAUUUGCACAAAUUGGAAGAGUAAGCCAGUAUAGAUACUGGUGGUGGGCCAAUCCACUGGGAGCAGGACUAGUAGUCUUUGGAAUCUAUAAAUUUUGGUACCUCUCAUACAUGGCACAUAAACAGCGUAAAGUUGCCCAAGUGGUCGCAGGAGCCUACGGUCAAGGAGGCCAGUGGCUUAACCCAGUCCCAAAAUAA